CCCCUUCACUUUUGACACCAAAAAACAUCUACCAACAACUCAAAACCCCUUCAAUUUUUCAUUAAAAAAAGUCAUAAAUUUUUCAACAAAUUUGUCAAUUUCAGUGACACCCAGAUGGAAUUUUGAAGAAAAAAAUUCUGGGUAUUGUUAAAUUUAAUUACUUGUAAAAUGGGUGUUCAACAAGACUUGAUUGUUGGUUCAUCUUCAUCUGAUGAUUGGGAGGAAUCAGCAGAUGAAAUCAGCCCUUGGAUUAUUGGGAAUCAGAGGUGGAAUGAAGCUGAACAAGUUGCUGAAUCAAUUAUUUCAAAAUUUCAGCCAACAGUUUUUGCUGAAAAGCACAGAGAUGAUGUUAUUUUUUAUUUGCAGAAUUUGAUCAAGAGAAACCUUGAUUGUGAGGUAUUUGCUUAUGGUUCAGUGCCGUUAAAAACCUAUCUCCCUGACGGAGAUAUCGAUCUAAGUGUAGUUGGUGCAAGCACACAUGACCUCAUAAAGAGGAUUGCAUCAUUACUCAAGAGCGAGGGGAGAAACCUUUCGGCAGAGUUUGUUGUCAAAGACGUCCAACUUAUUGGGGCCGAGGUUAAGCUAGUGAAAUGCAUGGUGCAAAAUCUCGUGGUUGACAUUUCCGUUAAUCAAAUGGGGGGGCUUUGCACGCUAUGUUUUCUUGAGCAGGUGGAUCGUGUAAUAAUGAAAGAUCACCUUUUCAAACGAAGCAUAAUUUUGAUUAAAGCUUGGUGCUAUUAUGAGAGUCGAACUCUUGGCGCACACGUUGGUUUGAUAUCAACAUAUGGAUUAGAGACUCUAGUUCUCUACAUAUUUCACGUCUUUCAUAUGAUAUUAGAUGGUCCUCUUUCAGUUCUUUAUAAAUUCUUGGAGUAUUUCAGUAUGUUCGACUGGGAUAACUAUGGAAUCAGUUUGAUGGGCCCCGUUAGAUUAUCCGAGUUGCCAAGAAUUAUUGUUGACAGGCCACCAAACAGCGAUGAGCUAUUGCUUGAAGUUGGUUUCCUUAGACACUGUUCUGAGUUGUUAUCAGUUCCCCUGAAACCUGGGGAUGUAUUUCCCAGAAAGUUUCUCAAUAUUGUUGACCCUUUAAAUGACCACAAUAACCUCGGGCGUAGCGUUAGCCAAGGAAACUUUUUUCGGAUACGUAGCGCCUUCGGUUAUGGGGCUAAAAAUCUUGGCCAAAUUCUUGUGGAUCUGGAAAACAACAUCGCUGAGGAGCUUCAUGUUUUUUUCUCGAAUACAUUAAUCAUGCAUGGAAGUGGCCAAAGACCCGAUCUUCCAGAUUAUAUAUCAAGGUCUUCUCCUGACGCCAGCAUUUCAGAGGCAGAUAUGUUACUUCAUACAAGGGUAACUGGAAAACCUAGAAGCUCUAAUGAUGAAAAUUCCUAUUUAGGAAGUGGUUUGUCGGGCAACCAAAUAUCUAGGGAGGGUAAAGACGUGUCUGCCUUGACAUUGAGUAGUGAGGUUGCGGCUUCUGAUGCUGUCAUCAAACCAUUGUUACCUCAUCAAUAUUACUCAACAUUAACUAAUAAGAUGAAAAAUCUUGAUAUUGAUGAUGAAAAACAACCCUUGGUGCAUGAAGAGGAAGUACCUUUUGAAAUUGAGAAAGCAGCUAUUGAGGGAAUAAAUUAUAAUCAAUUAGAACAGCUGGAUCUUACUGGAGAUUUGGCACAUCAUGUGGCUUGUUUGGACACUGUCCGGUGGUGGAAUCAUUAUCCUCAUGCUCCCCGUCCCUUGAUGGGACCACCACCACCGCCUGUUUUGCUACGCAUGAUUGCAUCGGAACAUGGUGGCAUAAGUGGCGUUGUUCACCAUCCUGGGUUCCAUCCAUCAGACCAGAUGUUCAUGUCUAGACCACCUUUUGUUCCCAAUGAACCCAACCAGAGAGGCCGCAAGAAUCACUUUCCCGAUAUGAGUCGACCUCGGCAUGGUUAUCACACAUCAACAUCAAAUACAACAAAUAAUGGAACACCGAACACCAAUGAUUUCAUGGCCCCACCUGAAGGAGUUCCUGUAUUUGUUCCAGUUAGCCGCCCAGUACACCAUAAAGAGCCUAUAUUACAUAGAAGAAAGCACCAAAACCCUAACCGAGCUCGUGACCCAGACGGUACUCAGAGGCCCAGAUCUGUUUCUGGUAUGGAUAGGUGUUCUAUAGAAUCCUCGUACCAUUUGAAAGACGAAGAUGAUUUCCCACCUCUGUCUAGUUGAUCUUAUUCAGAGACCGGUAGCUAGUUUGUGAAACUUUUGACACCCGGAAGUUUAUUUCUAAAAUCAUGGGUUUAACAGAUGUUGUUGUGCAUGCAAUAUGUGCAUAGGAUGUUACAAAGUUUUUUUCUCUCUUUGAUAACAUCUCAAUAGUUUUUUUGUCAACAUGAACCCUUUGUAAGUUGAUGUUGUCUUAUAGCUCUGAAAGUGUUUUUGAAAGUGAUUUUGUAUGCUGCUGCCGUAA